GGGAGGAGUGUUUGCACCCACCACACUCGCAAAUGCUACAACGGACACAUUGGCAUCUGGUUUUGAGGCGGCAGGCUAUGCUGCUUACUCGACGGCAUUAAGUGUGACCAUUGCCAUAGGUUGCAGUUUGCUAAUACUGAACGUGUUAAUUUUUGCCGGCGUUUAUUAUCAGCGUGAUAAGACACGACUGGAAGUCAAGUCCUUGCAAAAGCAAUAUCAGCAACGUAAUAUGCAUCAGCAAGUGCCAUAUCCGCCCGAUCCCAUCAAACAUGCGCACUAUCACAUGGGACAUUCGCAGAGUGCAAAUGUCAUUGUCGAUGUUGAAAAUCACGGGGAUCAAGGUGCCAUACUGCUAACUGCAAGCGAUGUAAAACCACCGCCACCACAUAUAUGCGCCAAUACUGGUAUGCAACUGACACAAUCAACAAACCCGAAUACCGGCAAUGCUGGAGCAGGUAAUUCGAGUAGCACUGUAAACUUAUGUGGUGGUGGUGGUGGUGGCAUGCAGGGCAAACAAGUUUCCACAGCCAAUGUGGUCAGUGGUGCAGAUGUAGCUACGGGUAUGUUGGGCUCGGGCGGUAUGGGUAGUGUUAUUUACAGUACAUCUACAAAACAACAGCAACAACAGCAGCAGCAGCACCACCACCAUCAACAGCAGCAGCAACAACAACAACAAUCAGCCAAUGCACAACGUGAACAUAUGCAAAUAAAAGGCAUGAGCGGUGUCAUUGGUAACACGCAAACAUUUAAUCGUGCCAACACAGCAAUUGGCAGCUCAGCCAACGUUUCUGUCAGCUAUAAUGCAGGCAUGAUGACAUUGCCAAAGGCAGGCACGCUCCAUCACACCAACUCCAUGAACUACGGCCGUAACCCAGGUGGCGGCGGUGGUGGCGCUCUAAUCGACAGUCGUGGCAAUAUGCUUUCGUCUAGCAACAUAACAAGCGCAGGUGAUUGCAUGACUCUGCCAAGAAAUCUAUCGAUGUCAUCCCGUCAUAAUCUAUCUUCAGGUUAA